UUUCAUCACAACAGUACGAUAAACGUCAAUUUUUGUGCUGUGUGUUAUCACAGUCAAACAAGUGGUUCAAGUUGUAGCAUCGUGAGAAACUCCAGAGUAACACUACGAAGAUGGAAGAAAUCGACGGAAACACAGUUCUUGCCCAGGCCCUCAAAGAACAGGGAGUCGAAUACGUGUUCGGCAUAUGCGGCUUCCCAGUGAUCGAACUCAGCAUGGCCCUCCAGACCGCCGGCAUCCACUACAUAGGGAUGCGUAAUGAGCAAGCAGCUUGCUACGCCGCCCAGGCCAUCGGCUACCUAACUGGAGUCCCCGGAGGCGUUCUCGUCGUCUCCGGACCCGGACUCCUCCACGUUUUCGCCGGCAUGGCCAACGCACAAGUCAACUGUUGGCCCGUAUUGGUAAUCGGAGGCUCGUGUCCACAGGACCACGAGGGAAUCGGAGGUUUCCAAGAGUGCAACCAGGUGGAACUCGCCCGCCCCUACUGCAAGUACGCCGCCCGCCCCCCCAGCGUCUCCCUCAUCCCCCAGCACGUCGAAAAGGCCGUCCGCCUCACCCGCUACGGCCGCCCCGGCGCCGCCUACCUCGACUUCCCCGGCAACAUGCUCCAGGCCCAGAUCCCCGUCGACAAAAUCCCCCCACAGUACACCUCCCCCGAGCUCCCCAUCGUCUACCCCGAACCCCGCAAAAUCGAGGAGGCCGUGACGCUCCUAAGCCAAGCCCGCCGCCCCCUGGUCAUCGUGGGCAAAGGCGCCGCCUACGCGCACGCCGAACGCGAAGUCCGCGAUUUAGUCCAAUCGGCGAACUUGCCCGUCCUAGCCACGCCCAUGGGCAAGGGCGUGGUCGACGACAACUCCCCCUUGUCCAUCCAGCCCGCCCGGUCCCUGGCGCUACAAAGAGCCGACGUCGUCGUCCUCCUCGGCGCCAGACUCAACUGGAUCCUGCAUUUCGGCCGCCCCCCUAGGUACAGCCCCGACGUCAAAGUCAUCCAGAUUGACGUGUCGGCGGAGGAGCUCCACAACAGCGUCCAAUCCGCAGUGGCCAUCCAGGCGGACCUCAAACCAGCUGUUGCGCAAUUGGUGGACGCCGUCAAGAGGAGGGGCUUCGUCUUCAACAAGCAGUCCGACUGGUGGGCGGAUCUUUCAAAGAAAAUCCAAGAUAACAAAAAGAAGGUCGAGGAGAUGGCGCUGGAUACGUCGGAACCGUUGAACUACUAUGCGGUUUUCCACCAUCUGAUGGAAGUUUUGCCCCCGAACCCCAUUAUAGUGAGCGAGGGUGCGAAUACCAUGGACAUUGGGAGGUCGAUUUUGAUGAAUGCGCUACCAAGACACCGACUGGAUGCUGGUACUUUUGGUACGAUGGGUGUUGGGUUAGGGUUUGCAAUAGCGGCAGCGUUGUACUGUAGACACAAUGAACCAGAAAAGAAGGUUAUUUGUGUGGAAGGGGAUUCGGCGUUCGGUUUUUCGGGAAUGGAGCUGGAGACCAUGGUACGAUAUAAACUACCAGUGGUCUUGAUUGUGGUCAACAAUUCCGGGAUUUAUGGAGGCAUGCCCGAGGACGUCUACAAGGACGUGCAAGAGAGCGGCGAAGUCACGAAAGUGACUCCGCCCACGACUCUUACGUUUAGUACUCGGUAUGAGAACAUGAUGGGUUUGUUUGGGAAGAAGGGUUAUUUUGUUACCAGUAUUUCCCAGUUGCAGCAGGCCGUUAAAGAAGCGUUGAAGGUGAACGAUGGUCCUAGCAUUAUUAAUGUGAUUAUAAGUCCUUCAGCGGAUAGGAAGCCACAGACUUUUAGUUGGCUCACAGAGUCCAAGUUGUAAUUUUUUUUUUAUAAAAAUAUGUUGGUUGUUUUGGUUGUUAAGGUGUGAAAAAUAAAAUAUCUAGUUACAAAAAAAAA